AUGUUUCGCCUCAUCACCUGUGGUCUUGGCCGCGCCGCCCGCCCAGCGCGCCGGCACUUCUCGUCGAACCUCAACUUGCCCGACAUCAUCAUCACACGGGACGCUGUCAAGCAACUGAACAAGUUGAACACGACGGCGAACCCGAAGCAGUACCUGCGCGUGGCCGUUGAAGGAGGUGGCUGCUCCGGCUUUCAGUAUAUCUUGACUUUGGAGCACGACACGCGAGAGGAAGACGACCAGACAUUCGAGAAGGAUGGCGCCGAGGUUGUCGUCGACGCCACAUCUAUGGACCUCGCUCAAGCUACCACAUCUCUAGGCAGCACUGUGGACUUCGUGCAGGAACUCAUUCGCAGCUCGUUCUCUGUCAUCAACAACCCCAACGCUGUCAGUGGUUGUGGUUGUGGCACAUCGUUCGAACUCAAGGAGUGA